AUCACGCCCAAAUCCUUACCAUGACUCGCGGCCGCCUAUCCCCGCCGCCCACACGAGCCAUUCGAACGUUCAGGCCGCCCAACCCACCGCCCACUUCCCGCCCACCGCCCACCCGAAUGCACAUGCCGCCCACCAAAUGCCGUCUGCCCCCAAAGAAGGCACGGGCGUGGGCGUAGGAGGCCUGUCCCCAAGGAAGGCUCUGAUUCAGGACGUGGUGUUGAAGGAGUCUACACGUGCCUUCAGGUCCCACCCUCUCUUCCCGCUCCUGAAGGAUCUCUCCGUCGCCGACUACUACUUCGAGAAGGCUGUGUUCAAUAUCGGUCCAUUACUCUCUUAUUUACCCACGUCGACUGAGGACCUCGUCUCGCUGUACCUCAGGAGGAACCCGGAUGUGGCGCAGUCUUAUCGCUGCCACCAGACGUCCUCUCACAGUCCGGCCGUCGAUGCCGUUCUCUUGGAUGCCAUUGCGUAUGCCCAUUCCUGUCUGCUAGAAAAAGUCUCGACGCAGGCGGCCAAACUGGCUGCGACAGUGGAGGCCGAGGCAGCAGACACGGAGGCGGCGGUGGAGGAGAUGUGCCAGCGCUACAUGGAGGUGAUUCGCUCCUCGACGCCGCUGCACCUGUUCCAGCCGCUCGCCGAUGAGCCUCCGACCUCAGCAGACCCACCUGGCCUGGAGGGCGACCAGCUGCCAGACCCGAUCCACCAGCUGGAGCAACUACUCGCGCCCUUUUCGCCCAUCCCGCCCACGUUCUUCUCCGCCCACGACGCCAGCGGGAACGGCCUGAUGAACGUGUCGCUCGGCGCCUCCGACUCCCGCAGGAGGACGCACCAGCACCCUCGGGAGGCCAUCGAGGUCCUGACGGCGUGGCUGACGGAGCACCGCGACCAUCCCUACCCAGACGACGAGCAGAAGGCGACGCUCGUGCGCCGGACGGGCCUCUCGACGCAGCAGGUGGCCCACUGGUUCACCAACGCCCGCCGACGCCUCCUGCCGAAGCUAAGGGCGGACCUGAUGAAGGAGUGAUUGGGGCGUGAGAGAGAAGAGAGGAGAGAGAACAGAGAAGGGAGAGAGACAAGAGAAGAGAGAGAAACAAGAGAGAGAGA